AUGUCUCUAGUAUCAGACGCCAUCUGGGCAGCGUCCCCUUCGACAACGCGCGGACAGGCAACACCCCUCUCCUCGGACCCCAAGGGCGAACGGAUUGCCUAUGCCUCAGGCAAAUCCGUCUUCCUGCGCUCCAUCGACGACCCGGCUGUUAGUAAACAAUACACCCAACACACGACUCAGACGACUGUCGCCCGCUUCUCGCCCUCCGGCUUCUACGUAGCUAGUGGAGAUGUCUCGGGUACUGUUAAAGUGUGGGACUGCGCAGGUGAAGGAGCUACAAAAGGCGACUACCACAUCAUCGCAGGCCGCAUCAACGACUUGGCAUGGGACGGCGACUCGCAGCGCAUCAUAGCUGUCGGCGACGGCAAGGAGCGCUUCGGCCACUGCAUCACGGCAGACAGCGGCAACAGCGUGGGCGAGAUCUCAGGCCACUCGUCACAGAUCAAUUGCGUGUCUAUCCGCCAGCAACGACCCCUCCGCGCCGCCACGGGCUCCGACGAUACCAGCCUGGUCUUCUACCACGGCGCUCCCUUCAAGUUCAACACCAGUCUGAGAGGUCAGCACAACCGCUUCGUCUUCGGCACCGCCUUCUCGCCCGACGGUUCAGUAUUCGCAAGCGUUGGCGCCGACAAGCGCAUAUGGCUAUACGAUGGCAAAACCGGCGAGGCAAAGGGACAGAUUGGCGAGGGUGUACAUACCGGCAGCAUCUUCGGCGUGUCGUGGUCCAAGGACUCAAAGAAGUUCGUCACAGCCAGUGCGGACCAGACGGUCCGGAUAUGGGACCCGGAAGCAGGCAAAAACAUUCAGACCUGGAGGAUGGGCGAGGAAGGCGUCGCUAGCAUACCCGACCAGCAGGUUGGUGUGGUAUGGCCCACCGGCCGCAGUGAUGGUCUGAUCGUCAGUGUGGAUCUCGAAGGAAACCUGAACUACCUCGUCGACGGCAACCCAAAGCCAACGCGCAUCAUCCGUGGCCAUUCCAAGAACAUUACAUCGGCUGCCAUCGCUGGAUCUACUUUCGCCACGGGAAGCUAUGACGGCCGAGUCCUCGCAUGGGACACCACGACUGGAUUGGCUGACAAGGUCGAAGGCGCAGCGCAUUCAAGUUACGUCGCCGGCAUCACGACCUCCGACAGCAAGAAUGAGGCGGAGCUGUACAGUGUUGGCUGGGAUGACACGUUACGCUCCAUGUCUGUUCCAGACAAGAUCUUCACUGGCGAGGCUCACGAUCUCAAAUUCCAACCCAAGGGCGUUGCCGCGACAUCGAGCACCGUGCUAAUACCUUCUACCGAUGCCAUCGCAGUAUACUCUAAGGGGGCCCAGGUCAGCUCGUUACCGGUCAGAUUCGCCCCGACCUCAAUCGCAGCGCACGGCUCUACCGUUGCUGUUGGUGGAGAUGACAAGCUAGUACACAUCUACACCCUUACUGGCACUGAGCUCAAGGAGGCUGACACAGUGCUCCGCCGUGCAACUGCUCCCAUCUCCGCACUCGCCUUUUCUGCCUCAGGCAAGAAGCUGGCAGUGGGUGCUGGAAACGGUAAGAUCUACGCAUUUGAGGUAGGCGGAGACUGGAAGGUUAUCACGGACAGAUGGAGUGCCCAUACCGCCCGCAUCACCUGCCUGGCCUGGGACGAGAGUGAGAACUAUGCCGCAAGUGGCAGUCUGGACACCAAUGUUAUGGUCUGGAGCACAGAAGACCCUGGCAAGCGUAUCAAGGCUCUUAACGCUCACAAGGAUGGCGUCAAUGGUGUCGCAUGGGAGAAGGGUCUCAAGGUCAUUUCGGCGGGAGGCGAUGCGAGCAUCAAGGUGUGGAGCGUGAAGGCGUGA